AUGCCUAACACACCGGUUUUGUAUUCCUACUUCAGAAGUUCAGCGUCGUGGAGAGUCCGAAUUGGCAAGUAUUUUUUUCUCUUUUGUUCUCUAGCCUAUAAAAAGAUAGAUUAUGCGUACCAGAGUGUUAACUUGAUAAGAAAUGGUGGUGAACAGUUGAAAAAAGAAUUCUUGGACAUAAACCCAUUGGGCCAAGUCCCAGCUUUGAUCAUUGACAACAACACAUUCACUCAAUCACUACCUAUUAUUGAAUACUUGGAAGAAACCAGGCCAGAAUAUCCUCUUCUACCAAAAGAUCCAGUUAAAAGAUGCCAAGUCAGACAGUUAUCGGAGGUAAUAAAUUCCGGAAUUCAACCAAUCCAGAACCUAGCGGUGAUCAAAAAGCUGGCAGAGAUGACAGGAAAUCCAGAUGACAAAACAAAAUGGUCCCAUUUUUGGAUAUCCAGAGGAUUAGAAGCUUAUGAGAAAUUAGUGCAAAAGACAGCUGGGAAAUUUAGUGUCGGAGAUGAUGUGACACUGGCGGAUUUGUGCCUUAUACCACAACUGUACAAUGCUACGAGAAAUGGAGUUGAUCUUAGCCAGUUCCCGACUAUUCAGAGGAUAGCUGAUGAGUGCAGACAGCUGGAAUGUUUCAAAAUGGCAGACCCAUCUAAUCAACCAGACUGUCCUGCUGAUUUGAAAUGA